AUGGAUCAUUCACAUAUGGAUCACAGCAUGCACGAUAUGGGAAUGGAUAUGGGAGGAGAUAGAUGUAACAUGAACAUGCUCUUCACCUGGGACACGAACAAUCUCUGUAUAAUUUUCCGCUGGUGGCACAUCCGCUCCACCUUCUCCCUCCUCAUUUCCCUCGUUGGCGUCGUCGCCAUCACCGCCGGAUACGAAGGCAUCCGCUCCCUGACCCGUCGCUAUGAAUCCUGGGUCGACAGACAACAAGGCUCUAUAACCCUGGAUGAUGUUACUGAAAAUACGCCUUUUCUCUGGGCAGGACGCAAUCAAGAAGAAGUGGGUCAGAGAGCACAUGUUAUUAAAGCUGCGCUAUAUGCUUUCCAGUAUUUUUAUGCAUUUAUGUUGAUGUUGCUCUUCAUGACAUAUAAUGGAUGGGUCAUGAUUGCAGUAGGAGUUGGUGCAUUUGUGGGUUUCUUGAUAUUUGGAAAGGAUACUUCGGCUGCGAAAGAGACGGCAUGUCAUUGAGAGUUUAAAUGGCGGAGUUAAGGGAAUGAGUGUUCUGGCGGAGGAUGGGUUCAGAGUCGGGUAGAGACAGGGCGAGCAUCUGGUUGAUGAAAGAGAGAACAGAAGCAGGUCGAAAACAUGGAUCUUUGGGAGACAAGCGUCGAAUAAUCGAGACAAGCAAGAUUUGUUUUAGUUUGAGAAUGCCAAAUACCCAGCGUUGUUUACAUGAUCUCAGGACGCUAUGCAUGGAUUUAUUGCGUCGGCGCGGAGCCGUUCAUAUAUGGAUAUACACAGGGGUGGUGUUUCGCUUUACAUCUUUCAAUUCUAUAUGGUCAAUGCAGUCUUCUAUCCGA